AAGGACUGAACACAAAAUCUAUUGCAAAGAUGGCUUCACAAGAAGACAACAUCUUACGCAACUAUUUCUUAAAAGAACGUAACUGGAUUCACACAGAGAUAAAGAGCUUUUUGUUCGUAAUUUUAUCUUCUUUUGUUAAUUAUGAAGAGGAUUACGGAGUGCCGCGAGAAUUUAUUGUAAACAGAAUCAGCAAUAAAUUUCCUUUAUUAAUCAAAUCCUUGUGUCAAAUACAUGGUCUAUAUGGUUAUCCCGCGUCUACAAACUCUGACUAUUCUCCUGAUGACACAGUUACAGAUGUUAAACCAGAGGCAGUUAAAGAGAUUUUCAACAGCUUGACAAAAAAUGAUAAGACACUUGGAGAUUAUCACACAGAUGCAAAGGAAGAUCAUUUUUGGCAAUUUGAAUCUUUUACCGACUUAGUCAGAGAGCCUGCUCAUAUUCUUCUAGAAAUGAUGCAAGAUUUAUUUGAUGGUCACGAAGAUGCUUGCGAAGCAACGCUAGAGCUUUUGGAGGAUCUGACGGACGGAAAUUAUCUAAAACCCGUGAUAUGGAUGGAAAACAAAGAAUUCCCUGGGAAUUGUGGAUUUUCUCUUGGUGUUCGACCCUUUCUCCGACCGUUAUACGUCCAUACCCGGCUGCGGGAAGUAAGAAAACAUCGCAAAAAUGAUUUGAAACUUGCAGAGGUGAACGGCUAUCAAUGCGUUGACAGAAAAGACUUUAAAAGAAACCCAAAUUUGGCUAAAAAGAAGUCUAAAUACAGAAAAAGCGGAAAUGGAAAACCGCGUAGAAAAAUGAGGCCCUGCAAAAGUUGUGAGAUUUUUUUCGAUAGUCCUCCAACCCUGUCAAGGCGUUCGGUUGCAUUGGAAAGAAACCUUGGUGUCUUCGGGAAUUGUGCUGAAUAUGAUGUUAUUAAAACUCGUAAAUUAGAUGAAUUGCUCGGUUCCACUGCAAACACUUCCUGGAAAGAUUUCGAAUCAGCCUGCAAUGAACAUUUAAGAGCAUUCAACGAUCUCACGAGGAAGACUGGUGAGAAUCAAGAUCCAUAUCCUGUAUUGAAAGAAUAUUUUGAAAGUACGCGUAAGCCGAAAAACGCAAAAGUUCUAAGAUACGAAUUGAAUUCUGAAAGCCAAAAUUAUAAAUUGCAAGCUAAGGACUGGAGACCAGAAGAGUCUGAUAACUGAAACCCAGCUUGUUGUUAAUGAACUAUUUGUUA